AUGUGUUUCAUCGACGCAUGCGAACCGUUUCCCUCGGUAAUCAACGCGUGCGAACGUGUUUCCCUCGACGGUUGGACCUCAAUUCUUCAACAUGACGUGCUCCGAAUCGACGUUCUGUUUCUCGUUCAAUGGCGGGAAUCAUUCCGUGCCACGAUAUUGGAAUCGCACUAUGUCAAAACUACAAGAGAACACGACCAUUCAACUUGUUUGCGCCAAAACUUG